AUGCCCGCGGCUGGGAUAGAACUUAGCCCUGCAUCACAUAUUCUCAAAACCUCGGAGGUACUUCGUCUAGCCUCGCUUUUUGUACGCGCAGGCGUGAAGAAAAUUCGCCUGACCGGUGGCGAGCCUUCUGUGCGCAAGGAUUUGCCAGACAUUGUACGAGGCUUGAAUAACAUGAAGAAAGAUGGACUAGAGGCGAUUGCAAUGACAAGCAAUGGCGUUGCAUUGGGGAGAAAGCUGGAAGACUUGGUCAAGAACGGCCUGACUCAUCUCAACCUGAGUUUGGACACACUAGACCCGUUCAAAUUCCAAAUACUUACACGACGGCCGCACUCGAUGCAUGCCGCUGUCCUAUCUACCCUCGACAAAGCGCUCACUUACUUCACCUCACCGACAGCUAAUUCAUCUCCAUCUUUAUCUCAAGUCAAGCUCAACGCUGUCCUUAUUCGUGGCCUCAACGACGACGAACUCUUCUCAUUUGUCGAGCUCACGCGGUCUUCAUCACUCUGCGUUCGAUUCAUUGAAUUCAUGCCCUUUCAAGGAAACGAAUGGGACAAGCACAAGAUGGUACCUUCUCGUGAACUGAUUCAUCGGUUGACGGAACGCCAUCCGGGGUUCGCCUCUGUUGUUGACGAGGGAGGAGAUGCAACGGCCAAGCUUUGGCGAGUCCCUGGAUACCAGGGAACUGUUGGGUUCAUCAGCAGCAUGUCCGACCAUUUUUGUGCAACUUGUACCCGCCUGAGGAUCACGGCAGAUGGGCAGAUCAAAGUAUGCCUUUUCGACCCGCAUGAAGUUUCCCUCCGUGACAUGCUCCGCGAGGGAGCAUCGGACGAGGAACUGCUACAAGUCAUUCACAAAGCAGUACUCGGUAAGAAAGCCAAGCAUGCUGGGAUGAACACGCUCGCCCGUCUUUCAAAAGACGAGGAUGGUCUAAAGAAUAGAGCAAUGAUCAAGAUCGGGUUGAGGGGUAGACAGCCACGGAAAAAGACGAGAGCAUACAACCACCCCUUCACUUAUAUACACGCAAUGACCUGCUCACAAGUCCGAUAUACUUCAACAACCGCCGUUCAUGAGAGUCAGCUCACACAUCUCGACGAGAUGGGGUCACCACGUAUGGUGGACGUCUCGUCAAAGGAUGUGACCAAGCGCAGUGCUACAGCCAUUGGCACAAUCUAUAUCAACCAACAUGCCUACUCGCUCAUUACUGGGCUGGAACCAACUAGUUUACAAGCCAUAUCGACUGCUAAAGAUGGUGACAAGCUAACGAACGAAAAGUUGGUGAAGCUCGACAAGCAGCAGCCCGAUGAAUCGAGGCUGCAUGCGAUGGAUAAGGCAUGGAGAAAGGCUGGCGGUGAUGGGAGGAAUGUCCUAACCAUCGCACAGCUCGCUGGGAUUAUGGGUGCAAAGUCUACCUCGAACCUGAUCCCUCUGUGUCAUCCUCUCCAGUUGUCCCAUGUUCACCUCUCACUCGUACCCACCAAAGAGACUUUAGGUGAGGAGAACACAAAGUACGCGAUUCGAUGCGAGGCUACUGUGACAUGCGAGGGCAAGACGGGUGUAGAAAUGGAGGCACUCACGAGUGUUUCUAUAUCGCUGCUAACGAUAUGGGAUAUGCUCAAGGCCGUAGCGGGACAGGAGAUGGCUAUUACCGACAUCACGCUCGUUCAAAAGGUCGGUGGAAAGUCGGAUUUCACCAGAUAA